AUGGAGGAACUACUUAAUUCUAUGUUGGAAAGUACUGAUAAUAAACCUGCAGUGUUCAAUUUAAAAGCCAUGUCAAAUCCAGAAGAUCACCAGAUGGUUUCUGAGCCACACCAGUCUGUAGAGGAACUUAUGGCUAAGUAUGGCAUGCAUCGUGAAUGUCGCUGCGAUAAGUUUAAUGAAAUGGUCAAACUUUUAGACCAAGAAAUCCAACGUUUUGACGAAAAAUCUAGAGCCUUUUGGCUUCGUCACCCUAACUGUCAUUCUACCGACAAAUCUAAAUUGAUAGAACUGAUGAUCAAUGAUCUAGGAAAAUUUGAUAAUAAGGUCACUCAGCCAGAAGAUAAUCAUUGUUGGAAUUCUCCGAUUCUUUAUCAAAGUAUUAUCGAUCAUCAGAGUUUGAACAAUUACCUCGAUUAUUUGGACAACAAUACUGAAGAAAAUGAACUAGUUGAUCUAUUUUCAGUUGCCAGGUCAAGAAAACCAAAAAAAAAAAAGAAGAAGAAGAUGGCUUCUAAACCGCGCCAGUCUUUAGAGGAAUUUAUGGCUGAAAAUGGCAUAAAGCCUACAUGUAACUGCGCUAAGUGUAGAGUCAUGAUCAAACUUUUAAACGAGAAAAUCGAACGAUUUAACGAAAAAUCUAGAGCCUACAAUUACCGCCACCAUUACCGUGAUGUUGUCAACAUACCUAAUCUGUUGGAGCGAUUGAAACAUGAUGAAGGGAAAUUCGAAAAUAAUGUCACCAAGCCAGGAGAUAAUCCUUAUUUGAAUACUCCUCAUAUUUAUGACAGUCUUUCGAAAGUUUUUGUCACUUGA